AUGGGAUGGCUAGGUAGCAUAUUCGGCGGCUCUGCCGACCAGGACGACCCCCUGCGCAAGCUCGACCCGAAGCUUCGCGAGUUCCUCGAGAAAGAGUCCCCCGUCAAGUUCCAAUCCAGCUCCAAGCCAGCACAGGACCAGCAACCAGCUGAACAAACACGGAAUGUCGCUACUGCUGCAACCACCUCGGCCGGGGCCAACCCGGCCGAGAAGUCCGCGCUGCCCUCCGAGUCGCUGUACCAGGACGGCCGCUACGCGCACCUGUGGAAGACGUACCGGCCGCUGGCCGAGGUCGAGGCCGAGGCCAAGAGCGACCACGAGAAGCUGAUGGACGUGCUGGACGGCUACAAGGAGCGGCGGGCCAUGAUCGGGCGCGCGGCGCUCGAGAACUGCGCCCUCGAGCAGGAGGACUGGAACAACUGCAUGCGCCGCGGCGACUGGACGGCGCGGAUGACCAUGUGCCGCGAGCAGGUGCGCAAGUUUGAGCGGUGCUACACCAUGCAGUCGCGUCUCUUGAAGGCCCUUGGCUACCUGUCCACGCAGGAGCGAUCCCCCGAACUGGACGAGCAGAUCCAGCUGCACGCCGACACGCUCUACCACCGCAUGCUCGAGCAGGAGGCCGCGAUAGAAAAGGCCAAGGCCGAGGGCAAGCCGGUGCCGACGUUCAAGCCGCUGAUAUCGACUGUUCAGCCCCCCGCACCCGCGGCAGCGGCAGCGACGACGACGACGACGACGAACACGGAGAACGAGGCGGACACGGUGGAUGUACAGACGCGGUUCAAGGCGCGGCUCGACAAGUUGCCGGAGGAGGAGCGGGCGGCCGAGGAGGAAGCCAUGCGGGCGGAGCUGCGGGCCAAGGCCGAGGUGGCGUCCAAGGUCAAGACGCUGUGGGACGAGCAGGCCGAGGGCCGGCGGCAGCGCAGGGAGGAGGGCACGCAGACCGUGGGAGACCGGAUAUCGAGCCUCUUUUGGGGCGGCAGCGGCAAGUCGUAG